CUUCUGACUCUGAUUGAGGCGGGCAAAUGUCAUAGAAUAUUUAUUUAUGUGUAUAUUUCUUCACCCAAUUACUGACGUGUGUAUUCACUAAUUAAAUUAGACUGGUUUGGUGACUUUGUGACAGAAACCUGUGAGCAUUUCCCUCCGGAGAGAUUUCUUCCUGUACGUGGGGCGCGCGCGUUCACAACAGGCAGAGUGCUUCCUCUUUCCGUGCGGGUGCCCGCCAGACAGAGAAGAACGAUAGAAAAUGGCGAGUCAGUGUAAAAGGCAGCAAUGCACAAUCGACAGGCGCGACUUUCGGCAGGAACUUGACUCGUGGCGACACAGACUCAUUCACUGUGUAGGUUUUGAGAGCAUUCUCGAAGGGCUGUUUGGUCCAGAGCUGGUAGAAGACCUCAAAUUAUUUAAGGACUUAGAGCCUGUAGCAGUGUCUGACUGGUCAUUUGAUGAAAAUUGUCUAUUCUGCUGUUUGAGACGAGACAAAGUAAAGGAACACUUAAUUGGCUUAAGCAACGAGGGGCUUGAAGAUUCACCCAAACCUCUCCUGGUUAAAGAUCAGACCACAAUCAGCAGACUAGAGCAACAAGCUGAGGAAUUUCUCAAUGCAGUCCUCAGCAGAAAAGAUGUGCCAAGUUUCUCAGACCCACACAUUCCAGUAGUGGCUCGAGAGAUCCUUCAGAGAAUGAUCCGACAGUUUGCUGCCGAAUAUACCUCAAAAACCAGCUCCCCUCAGGACAGUUGCUCAGAUCCCCAGCCACACUCUGACCAAAGCCUGCCGACCCCACCCUUGCUCUCAGGAGCUCCUCCUACCAGCCCUGCUGCCACCUUAGCUGGGCCUGCACACAACCAGAACCCCGUCCUCAGCAAGCUCCUCAUGGCUGACCAGGAUGCUCCUCUUGACCUCACAAUCAAGAAGCCCCUGGCUGAGCCCAGUGAACAAGAAGGAGUCCUUGACUUGUCUAUCAAAAAGAAUCGCUGUAGCAGCAGCCUGCCAUUCCGUAGUCCAUGCCUUUCUCCAACCACAACCACAGUCAAAGGUGAGUCUCCAGACUUGCGUGUUGCAAAGGCAAAAGACCUGCAGUCCACCUCAACACUGGAACAGUUCAUGGCCAAACUCUGCCCCCACCAUCAGAGACAGAUAGUUGAUGCCAUAAGCUUCCUACAGACGGAGGUCAAGGCACUCACAUCCUCCAAUACGCAGCAAACCUCUAACUCUACCUCUGGGAUCCAGGGAACUGCCUACUCCACUGCAAAACCCAGCGCACUCACCCCUGAGAAGUCAUGCUCUGAGCUAAGGUUUCCUAGUGAAUCCACUCCUAAAUCAGAAGUCCAGGAUAUGUCCCAUUCUAUCCCAAGCAGUUGUGCAAUGAAAAAAGUUCCAGACACUGCAGUUUCACUGAAAACAUCUGUUACUGCUAGCCCUGCUUUGGAUCUUCGCAGUCCUGGGUCAGGGAGUAACCAGGUUUUCACCUCCAUUGCUAAUCCAGUGGACACAGAGAACAACCGUCAUGGUGAUCAUGCACCUCUUAAGAUGAAAAUCAUGAAGACCAGCAAUGUUGCUGCUGGUAAGAAGUUGUCAUGUGUGCUCACAGCCUCUCUUUCAUCUGACUCUGGCACUUUGGAGGACAGACAGGGUAACUCAAAUUCAUCCAACAGAACAGAGACUCAUAGUGCUAGACUAAGCUCCUCUGUAAAAAGACACAAUCAGUUUAGUCACACACAUCAAGCUAGACAGAGAGAGACUCUUGGGAAUGCCAAAGAUCUACCAGCAAAACCGUUUUCAGAUCAUGUGACUCUUCCUGCAGACUCUCCAAGGACUGCCAGGAAGACCAUGAAAGCAUCCUCUGAUCAUCAGACCAGGGACUCUUUUAGGGGAAUAGUUGACCCUGAUCUCGGCCAUUGUGACAUUGUUUAUAUUGACAAACCAAUUACAGAGUGUUUUAAGGAACAGCAGCGCAACAUGCUCCCACGCCGCAAUGCCAGAAAAAGCACCAGAGGACAUAUGUAUUCAGAUGAAAUAUGGGAGUUAAAAACUGUCCGUACGUUGGCUGGGAGGGGCAACUGUCCCAAUCCAAUGCCAGAGUUGAUCACAUUGGUCACCCCUAAACAAAUACUUUCAAAGCCUGAAGGUGUACCACCUGUGGAUAUGCCUUUUGCUGGAGCAUGCAGGGAGGCAAUGAAUCAACAAAUGUCAACAGAAGAGUCAGAUGAGAGGGUGAUACCAGGAACAGGAGAUAUGGUGGAGGUAGCAGCCAGUGAAGUAGACAUUAUAGUUGAAACCAGUCAGACAGAUCAAUGUCAGAGCAAAGGGCAGUCUGCUCCUCAAUCUCCAAUAAGCUCUCCAACAGAGAACAGAGAAAUGGAUGUGGGCGCAGAUGUAGAACAGGAUACAGCUGCAGAUUCAGGGAAAACAACAGGAAGUGAAGAAAGUGAUGCUCAGGCACCAUUUGAAGCAGAAAAAGAUAAUGCUGAGCCUCAAGAAGACAUACACGAGAAUACUGAGCAUGUAAUAUCAGAAAGGAUAGAGGAACCAUUGGAGAAUAAUACCAUAGAGGAAGCUGAGUCUCAGCUGUCAUUGGAUAAAAUACAGAGCAGUGAGCCCGUUCUCCAACAGAAUAGUGCCCCAUCACCGUUGAAUCAAGAUGAGGAAGAGACAGAGGAAACUGAAAGGGAGAGAAUACAAGAGGAACAACAUCAGGAACUUGAGCCAGAGACACGAAUACUCUAUGACAACUUUGGAGAGACAGAAAGUUCCAACACCACAGGUUCAGCAGAAGAGGAGAUGGUGAGAGAGCAAGAAAUUAAAACAGAUGAAGCUGUUGACAGUGUUAUACCUCUAGAGACCGAAGAUGAUGAUAAUGACAAUGAAUAUGAUGUGUCCACAAAGACACUUGACACGCUCUUGAAGGAAUUACCCCCUUGGCGUAGAAAAAGAGGUGCUUCAGUCCCUCUGCCAAAGCGGUUAAGACAAACAGAAACAGUGAUAGUGGGCUAUGUUAAUGGUAGACCAAUAUCUUCAUCUGACAGAAACCUGCGUCGUAGAUCAAGUAACAGCAACAGCAGCUCAUCACCUACUAAAAGCCCAGUGAAAUCAAGUCAGAAUGUUCCCAACAAGGCUUCUGUUGAUUCAUCUGUUGAAACCAGGAAUUUGGAGAAACAUGUACCUGAAACACACAUGCAUGUAGAAUCUAUUGAGAGUACACCUGUAAUUCCACAGGUGACAGGACCAUCUUCUGACACAUCAUCAAGCCCAAUGUCGAAAUUCCCCUCAAGGACCAAACAAAUCCAAAAACAAAAGAGAGUUCAGAGAGAUCAGGAUUCUGAUCAGCCAGUUGAUUCUCCCCACAGCACCGAAUCCAAACGGCAACUUAGAUCAGCCAGCCAGAAGCCAGCUGGAACUUUAGCAUCACCACCUUCUUCAAAUGUUGUCACUUCCAUUUCCUCUCUGGAACCUGCUGCCACCAAUGCCCUUCCAUUUACAGAGCACCUCCCCUCCCUCGACCCUCCUUCUCCGCCUCCUGUUUCUUCUCCUCCUCUAGUCACGUCAUCUCCCCCAGCAGCCGCUGAACAGUCCCAACUCAGCAUGGUCCCAGAAACAACUGUGGAAUUAAACAUUGAAAAAACUCAACCAAUAGAGACAUCCUCCGAAGAAACACAAAAAACUGAGGUAGAAAGUAUUUUCGAUGCCAAACAAAAACUAAGGUCUGCAAAGGCUGUAAGUGAGAAUGAGAAGCAUCAAUUUAGCAGUGAGGUAUCGAGUCCAUUAGAAAAUCACAGUCCCGUAAAGACUGAAAUGCAAACAAAGAAUAUGCCAUUAAGAGGCAAACGGGCUCUCAGAAAGGAGGCAGAAGCAAAUGAUUUUGCUUUGCAGCAGAAGCCAAAUGUAGCAUCUUUAGAAGACAAGUCUGCGAGUGGAGAUGAUAGCAGUUCUUCCAUACCAGACAAACCCACAAGAAUGCCAUUGAGGAGUGAGAGCAGUAAGGCUGAAAUGUCCCACCAGUCUGUUCCUCAGUCAUCACCACUGGACAACAAGAAAUUGACUUUGAGAUCACAAAGAUUGACUGCACCUUCUACCAGUGCUCCUUCUAUAGCUGGAAGACAGAGUGAUGUAGCUUCACCUAUCAGAAUAAUGCCAGAAAGGAUAACUAAAGCUCAGGUGAGACCCCCUCCAUUACCUGUGCCAUCCGUGUUGCCCCACAGCUCCACCAUCCCUGUCAUUACACCAAGACCUGAGCCCCUCAAACAGAGUGCUAGCAAAUUCUUGGAGAGUCUGACUGGUGAAGAAAACCAACAACAAAUUACAAACUUGAACAUUAGGUAUGAUAAAAUGCAGAAAGGCUGGGUGCAAAUGGACAAAGAGGGUCAGCCAGCGACAAAAUACAAAAACAAAGCAGACAGACAGGCAGCUAUAUGGAAAAGUAAACGCAGGGCACGAAAACCAAAGUCUUCAGAGCACCAGAGAUACUCACCAGUGCAAAUGCUCUUCAUGAAAGGCUUUGAUCUUACCAGUAUUUGUCGCUGGUUCCUUGAAUCAACAGAAACAAAGUCCCUUGUCAUUGUGAAGAAAGUGAAUACACGUCUUCCUUCAGAAACCCAGCUGUGCUUCCACAGCUCGUCUAGUGCUUCAGGGACCUCUCAAGGGGUAUUUCCAAGCCUACAGGCAGAGCGCUUAAAGAAACAUUUGAAAAAGUUUGCCAUUGCCUCUCCUGUAAAGAGCAACCCCAAGAGUCAGAAACUGAUUGCCAGAGCACUGGAACAAGAGGCAAAUGCAGUCAAAGGGAAGGAGAGAAGAGAACUACCUAGUACUACUCAGACUUUUAAUAAGUCACACUCCUCUGCCGAAGCCUGUAUGCAAAGAGGUGAAUCCCAGAAAGCUUCUGGUAAAUCAAAGAAUCCAGCCAGUGCAAGGAUCUUGAGGAAAUACUCUAAUAUCCGAGAGAAGAUGCAGGUUCAGCAAACCAGCAAAGUUAGACUGAAAGACACCUCAAAAAGCUUAAAAGCAAACAAUUUGAAAAGGCUGACUACCACAAAGUCUGCCUCCAAAUCUAAAUUGAAACGACCUCUGAAGGCACAGAAAUCAGCCCUACCUGUCAGUAAACAAAUGAAAGCGUCUGCAGCAAAAAUGGGGAGAAGGAUAACACUGGCUGGCAAAAAGGCAACAAAGCAUCCCGUUCAAGGAAGGGCGGUCAAGGCGCAGGGCAGUGGUAGACCUCCAAAAUAUACAACCAGAAAAGAAGAGUUGCCAAAGAGAUAUUCUCAACGACUAGGUUCUCCUAAAAUAUCUGAACACAAUCCUGUCGACACAUCUAAAAGGAAGGCUGACAAAAAACUAUUUGAAGCAGAGAAAGCAGAAGUUGAAAAGCCCACUGUGAGUAAAGUGAAUGCUGCAAAAAUGCAAGCAAAGGAAUCAUCUCAAAGUACAGUCGCUGAAAUGAAAGGUACCGAGAAUGCUGUUGAAACCCCACAGCAGAGCGUGGAUGUCAAGGUUCCAACGUCACCUGACCAGGUACUGACAAGAUCCCAGAGAAAAAUGGAGGCGGCAGUCCCUUUGACUGGAAGCCCCAGUCUUGUGUCAAAGAGGGCAAAAAAGUCAAUGACAUCACAAAAUGCAUCUCCUAAAUCAGUCCGGAAAGCUGAGGAAGCCACAUUGACCAGAAAAGGGGCUUUAAAAUCCCUGGCAAAGAGAAGUCAGGCAGCCAUGUUGCCACGCAGUGCAACAAAGAGAGCUCAGGAGCUUUUAGAGACCCCAGCUAAGCGCACCAGGACAUCACACUCAAAAUAAAAUGGACCUGCAGAGACAGAGAGAGAUCGUCUUUAUUUAGAGAAUUUUGUGAUUUUUUUUUUUUCUUUUUAUCAGAAGGACCAGAAGUAUCUAUUUUGUAGUCUUCACCAAACUCUUCAGAGGAUACCUUUUUCAGUAGGCAAAUGUGUGAAGGAGGAACAGAGAUUUUGAAAUUCAUUAAUGCUUUUGUAAAGCUUUGGUGUGAAAAUGCAAAUGUGAUUGUUUGCUGAGCGUUUGCUCUGUGUUCAGGGACUACAUAUGAGUCCUAUAUGAUGUCUAGCUGAUGUAGUUUGCUGUUUGGCUUUAUGUUUCAGCACUCUACGACACGGCUGGAGAUAACAAAACCUCAUUUUAAAAGUAAGAGUAACAAACGUCAAGCUUCCAGCUGUUAUAAUGGUGACAUUAAAUCCAUUCUUCAUCCCGUUUUGUUUCUUUUUUUUUUUGCCAUUUUUUGUAUAUAAUUAUUGUUUCCGAUAAUAGCAUGCACUGCGUUUACUGAAUGACAGAGAAUAUCAAUGUUCAGAGAGCUUGAUAUGAGAAGGAAGGUCAGCUUUGGAUAAAAUUUGUACUUACUUGUAAGUAGGCGGUUUGUAUCUCCAGCUUGUCUUCCAAUCACAACAUUGUGAAUAUGUGACUGUUGUGACCAGGUGCCUUAUUUAUGAAGUGUAAAGUUAUAGAAUGUGUUGCUAAAUGUGAAAACUCCUGUCCUCUAGUUGUAACAGCUUUCAAUUUACUGGAGAGGCAGACAACAUUCAUUUGCCUCACUGAGGGUGUGUGCAAAUAGUUUCCGUUCCGCAGGUUGUGCCUCAUGCUUCAUCUGUAAAUUCUUUAUGUUGACUGAGGCAUACCUGACAGUUUUAUUUUUCUAUACCUGUUUUCCCAGAGCAUUAACAUGAAAUUGUUCUUAUUAUAGUUGUAUUAGAUGUUUAAAAAAAAGUGUCAGAAUUGUUGAAACAGACAUGUGCGUUCUGUAUGUGUCAUGACAAAAGUUUGUAUUUUUUAUUUCGUUUCUGGUCAGUUUUCAUCUUGAUGUACCUCUGCAGUCACUUCUGACCAUUAUGCUCAAUUGUUCUUUGAGUGUUUUACCUGCUUCUGCAUGUGUAAAGUCUUGUUAAUGUGGAGACAGUUGCAGGUGUAUUUUAGCAACUCUCUGCAGCUGUUGCCUUCCUACCAACUGAGAUCCAGAAUUAUAUUUAUGCCCCUGAUCUUUGAAAAUACUAACCCCAUUCAAGACUAUGCAUGCACGUUUAGUGCCCAUCAAAAAGCUAUUCUGAAAAAUCUGAGAGAGAUCUGAGAAAACUUUGGGACAGUGGUUUCUGUAUCACUUUGGCAACAAUAUUUCUGAACAACAAAGGCCUGAAAAGUGUGUACACGUGAUCGGUGUUAAUGGCCUCUAGCAUUAAUGGCACAUUGCAGGCUUAUAAAGUCCUUCCCUUGAUUUAUUCACAAGUAGGAUAUCAAGUUUUUGGGGUAGUCUAGUCACACUUCUGAGUUGUGUAUCAAAGUACAUUGCAGUUUUAUUAUUAUGUUGUUAUUUUUUUAUUGUCAUUGACUGUCAGAUGUUCUCAUAAUGUGAAGUUUCUUUACUUCCACAGUAGUAACUGACUUUAGUAUAUUGUCAAAGGAAAAAUACCAUUUUUAGCACAGUGUUAUUUUUUUAUUAAGGUCAUUUCUCUUUAGAGGGUAAAUCAUCUGUAAAUGCAAAACAUGUCUGUCAUGUUUUUAUUGUUAUUUAAGAACUCCAUGUAGGCUAAAGAAUUUAGCAAAUCUAAAACAGCCCACCAAAUAUCAGACUUGAACAUGUUUAUUCUUUACAGUUGCUAUUUAAAUAUUUUGAUUUUGUAUAUUAGAAAGAAAUAACUGCUUUAUUUGUGGUAAUCCCAAGAAUGAUACGUCUUUAAGAACUUUGUAUUUUUGCUGGAGUUGAUAUAAAGAUGUUUGAAUUUUA